UUGAAGCAAUGUUUGCCCCGAAAUAAGCACCCCUCCAAAAUACAACUCCUUUUGGCCCCUCACCAACCAAAUUAGGCCUUGUUUGAAAAGCGAAAUGAGGGUCCUUCUGGGCACCAAAUUCUUCCUGAACCUCAGUAAGCACCGGAUACGAUGGCACCACAAGGGCAGUUCAUAUCUACCUACUCAGCAUCUCUAUGAUGUUGCACAGAAAGUCGUCAGAGCCCACCGAUCAGCGAUUUCCUCACGAUUUGUAUCAGGCAAAGGAAAACCUCCAGAAACUCCAACUUUGGACAUAAUUUGCCGGGUAUUAGCAUCAGCGAAAAACUCAGGUGAUGGUGGCAAGCGGAAAAAGCCAAUGAAACUUGAAUCCAUGGGGCAGACAUCUUCUAGUUCCACCAACCAGACAUUGACGACCAAUCCUCUUCAUAUAAAGAACGAAAGCCAAACGCCAUUAGAACCUGAGUUGGCAUACUCAAAAACCCCGGAAAUAUUCAACUGUAAGAACUGUUUUGAAUACAGCUCGGAAAUAAUGAUUGUGAACUGUAAAAAUUGCAUCGAAGAUGAUCAAUCUACACAGUCUGUCAUGGGAAAGGCGACAUUACUAUUACAGGAAAAUAGUACCAAUCAGUCAACAAGUGGCUUAAGGGAGUCUUCAGCUUCGGCAUCAAAACCAUCGGUUGGCGAAGCGCUACCAUCAGUUGCUCCAAAGAAACCUCAUGUAUCACCCAGUUCAACGUCUCUCAAUGAGAGAUUUACCAUGCCGCAAAAAUCAGCUUUUCCCUUGGGAAGAAACCCCUGCUUAGACGGCAAAAAAGAUAAAAAAUCUAAGUGUCCGCCACCCAAACCCAAACCCUGCGCCUCAGCGAAAGAUGAACACAAACCUCCGGUUAAGAAAAAGCCACCUUCAAAAGCCAAAUCAAAUGAUCCACCUAAAACCGUUGCCAGUGCAACUGAUGCACCGAAAAAGAAGUUGGCUCCUGCAAAGCCAAAGAUCGCAAAUCCACCUUCGAACAACCCUCAAACUUCAAAUCCAAAGGUUGGAUUUGCUAUGCAGUCGAAUUCGGCUUUUCCAUUGGGAAGAAAUCCCUGCGUUGAUGGUAAAAAUGAACAAAAAGUAUCUAAAUGUGCAGCGUCCAGUUCAAAGCCACAACAAAAAGCCAAGAAAGACGAUGCGCCAAAAGCUGCGAUUAAAAGCCAAAAUAAGCAGGAAACUAAAAAAGAAACAGACCCUAAUGCAUCUCUAAAUACAAAAGCAGCUACUGUACCAAGUGGUUCGCCUAAGCCUCGAAAGAAAAAGUCUUUGAAGCAGGGAAUUGUCAAUCCAAAGGAGACUCCGGUCAAACCAAGAAGUCCUCCGCUUAAAUCCAGGGCUCCUCUGAAAAAGGCUCCUAAGGGGAAUACAAAACCAAAGGACAAAGAGGUGCCACCACUUUCAACCUCCCGUUUUACCAUGCCGCUUAUGAUGGCUUUUCCCCUUGGAAGAAAUCCCUGCCGGGAUGGCCAAAAGGGUUCAGCCAAAGAAGACAGUUCCUGCGGUAAAAAGGUAGUCAGUUGCCAAUCAGAAUCCGACUCCUGUAAGUCUAAGAAGAAAUCAGCGGAUGAUCAACAAAUUUCAAGUUCAUUGAGCCCCGUUUUUAAGGAAGCAGAUGCAUCGAAAACGAAUGAAUCCCGCACCUCACCAUCAUCGCAGGCUUCCUUGAACGCUCCGCCUCCUCCAACGCCGGUCAAGGAAAUCCCCAAGUCAGCUGGAGCAUCACAGAAUAAGGAGAAGUCGGCUGCGAAGGCACCAUUACCAACAGGUAAUGGUUCGCCUCCAACUACCAAAAAGCAAAUCAAUUCGUCUACAGAGCAGAAAGUAAGAUCUUCUGCAAAACCCCAAAGUGCACGAACCAAGCGAUCGAAUUGCGAUGUAAAAACCCAAUGCGCUACAGAAGCCCCGAAAAUUCAAAAGAAAUGCCCGGAAACGAAAGUACGCCACCAAGCCAACGCCAACAAUGGUCCAUAUCAGAAACCGGAGCUAAAGAAGUUUCCAGCUCUGCCGCUCAAGCAAAGCAUCGCCAGCUAUUUGAGCAGUAUUGAACCAUUUCUUAGUGAGGAGGAACUCAAGAAGGAACAGAAGUUGACCAGGAAGUUUGUGGACAACGAGGGUGCGGAACUCCAGGAGCUUCUCGAGGAAGAAGCCGAGCGUUCGGACAACUGGCUAACUCCCAGAUGGACACGUUCCGCAUAUUUGACCUACCAGGCUCCGCUGACCGUCUUCUCCAAUCCGGGUCUCUCCUUUCCCAUUCAAGAGUUUAAGGGAACCGACGAUUUUCUCAACUUCACGGCUAAAGCUAUCUACGGCAUGUGCGAGUUCAAGCAGCUGGUCGACGAAAACAAAAUCCCAGUGGUCAAGAUGGGUAAACAUUAUCUGGACAACAGCCAGUUUGGGAAGAUCUUUGGCACGGUUCGCAGGCCAGGUCGAUUAUGCGAUACCAUCGAGCAGUACAGCGAUGCCGAUUAUAUUGUGGUCGUAUAUAAUAACAAUUACUUUAAGUUGCCAAUUUAUUCGGAAAGUGGUGCCUUGUUGCACGUUCAUACACUGCGAGAAGCGUUGAGGGAUAUACUGGAAUGCCCCAUUGAAGUGGGCGAGCACUUUGGCCUUUUGACACACGACAAUAGAAGCAACUGGGCCGAGGCAUAUACAGUACUUUGUCGUCCGCACGGAAACGCAGAUACCGUGGAAACCAUUGAGCAGUCCCUGUUCGUGGUCUGUCUGGACAACUGUGUGCCCGUUCCGAAGGGAAAGGAGCGGGUUGUCCAGGCCCAUCAGCUCCUCCACGGCGGUGGAGUGCGCCAGAACAGCGCCAAUCGCUGGAUGGACAAAACAAUUCAGCUGAUAGUCAAUCCAAACGGCUUGGCCGGAUUUUGCUACGAGCAUUCUCCCGCGGAUUGCCAGCCACUCGCCAUGCUGAUGGAUUUUGUGCAGCAGAAAGUCCAUGAGGAGAACUAUGGCUGCGAGGGCUGUGAGUCCGACAAAAAGGUCACGUCCGCUCUGUUAAGAUUCCAGCCAGUGAACGAGUGCAUCAAUUUGUGGUUGUGCCAGGCAAGGCGAAACAUCCACAGGAUCGCCAGCCAGCUGCAGAUGAAUGUGAUCCAGUUCGAGUGCCAUGGCAAGUGCUUCAUCAAGGCGCAGGGCCUGAAUCCGGAUAGCUACAUCCAGAUGGCCCUGAGUCUGGCCUACUACGCCAUGCACCACAAAUUACCCGCUCAGUAUGAGUCCGCUCACCUGAGGAUUUUCCACGAGGGGCGCACCGAAACCAUUCGGUCCACGUCCAAUGAAUCCAAGUCCUUCCUCAUGGCCAUGCAUUCGGAGAAGGCUUUGAUAAGCGAUAAAUUGGUUGCGCUGCAAAAGGCGGUGGAUGCCCACGAAAAGUUGAUCAAAGAGGCCAUUAACGGGCAGGGCAUCGAUCGGCACUUGUUUGGGCUGCAGGAGAUGGCUCUGGAACAAGGAAUGUCACUACCGGCGUUCUUUCGCUCCAAGGGUUACGUCAGAUCGGUGACCUUUCAGCUCUUCACCUCCCAGGUAGCCACAUCCCACGAGGGCUUCAUGGCCUACGGACCACUUCUAUCCGACGGAUACGGCGUCUGCUACAACCCACAGGAAAAGAAGAUCACCUUCGCCAUCUCCGCUUGGAAAAGUUGCCCGGAAGUCAACGUCAUACGAUUUGGCAAGGCCAUCAAGAAGUCCCUGAACGACAUGAGAAAACUAAUCCUGAACACAGGAGGCGAUCGUAUGGGCGAGCAUCCGUGUAAAUGCGAGAAGGUGCUGCUUUAGAAGGGAUUCCCCUAUAGAUUUCUCUUUAGAUACCCUCCAGUGUUACGUUUCUCAACAAGGCAAAUAUACACUCGUCAACC